AUGGUCGAACUAUCUAUUGAACAAUUUGUCUUCGAUGCGCCCACUUCUCGCCACGUGUUAUCGAGUCCUGGUGCUCUUAAAACAGUUGCGAAGAGGUACCGAAGCACGGAUGCCCGCUCUGCUAAGGAUGGCACAGGCAUAACACUAUUACUGGUGCAUGGUACUGGCUUCCAUAAGGAGCAGUGGGAGCCGACCAUACAAGCCAUCUUUAAUCAUUACGCUAGCCCAGGUUCAAGUCAGCGCACGAAGGUCACAGAAGUGUGGUCCUUCGACUGGCAUGACCAUGGCGCAGCUGCAGUGAUCAACCGCGAAGCUUUGAAGGCCAGAGGAGACCGUGGGGGAUCGCUUCGCGAAUUGGGAGAUGCCAUGGCCGCUUUCGUCAAGUCUGAGCACGUCAAAGGUCAUACCCUGGUAUCGGUUUCGCAUUCCUUGGGUUCGGCAGCGACGUUGUUCUCCACCAAGCUAUUCCCUGUGCACGAACUCCCGUAUCAAACCCUGUUUUUUGUCGACCCGACAAUGUGUCGGGAGGAAUUUUGGCACCAAAAUCUUCACAUUCGUAAAGGGUUGUUUGACUACGGAGCACUAGCUACAGGUUCAGCACGACGGAGGGAUAGAUGGUCAAGCAAAGAAGAAGCGUUCUCGUGGUUCAGUACCCGGUUCCCCUGGAAGACCUGGGAUACCCGUGCUGUGCGAUCCUUCGUCGACCAUGCAUUAGAGCGAAGAGACGAAGAAGUCCGUCUCAAGUGCAAUAAGCUGCAUGAAUCAGAAUACUACUCUCCAUCGGAAAAUAUAUUCGAUCCUCCCCAUAUUAUCUCCAAACUCUGCCACGCCGUUCCCAUUCACAUCAUCUGGGGAGAGAUACCUGAUAUUAUGUGCGUAGACCCGUCUUUCACCUUUACUAGUAUUCGUUACUCACAUCCUGUCACUUUGCUCCAGGCCCACGAUUGCUCGUAA